AGUAAAUUGUGCAGUAAAAACAAGACAGUUGUACACACCUACCGCAUUACAUGUUACAAUCAGUUUGCAGCACGAGUGCAGACACGUGUGCAAGCCUAAAGUAAAGAAACGCGCCAAAACAGCACACACACCAGACUAACUGAGCAAGGGAUAUGGGACGCACACAGCGCCAACGAAAGCGCCACAGCAGCGCAGCAGCUAGCGAUGCACUGGGUCCGCUUUAUAGCGAACUACACAAGCGCGGUUGGCGCAAUGAGACGCAGCUGAGUGCUACGGAUUUUCCACAAACCGGACGCGGUCUAUGCUCCAAGAAGCUAUCGUUUGAAGCAGGCAAUGAGCUUAUACGCUUACCAGCUGAAUGUCUUAUAAGCAUAGCUACAAUGGAAGCGGAUGAGCAGUUCAAGGCGCUAUUCGAUAAGGAGUUGUUUGACAAGGAUGCGCGCAUAAGCUGCCAAGCGCUGUUAGCCUGCUAUCUGAUGCAUUUAAAGCAUAGUUGCAGUGUUGCAAGCUCCAGCUGGUCUGCUUAUUUGGAGACGCUGCCUAGCAGCUACACCACGCCUUACUUUUGUACUAUACCCGAACUACAAUGCUUGCCUGAAGCUUUGCUGGAGCGCAUAGUGGCGCAGAAUCGACAAAUACGUGAAUACUACGCCGUGCUCAAGCAGCUGAUGUUGAACAAAAGUUGUGCGGACUGUGGGCAAAGCUUCUGCGAGCAGCUCUGGGAGUUGCCAGAGUUUAAGCUUUGCUAUUUUGCUGUCAAUACACGCAGCGUUUAUCUCAAUGCACGACUGCUGCCAGCAGCCAGCAAACAUUUCCAGCAGCUGCUUAGUGGCGACUGCAACUUGGCAUUGGCGCCCUUUUUGGAUCUAUUCAAUCACACGCAUCAAGUGCAAACCAAGGCACAGCUGCUGGGCCAGGAUUAUGUGCUGACACUGCAAUCUUUGCCGCAGGCCAAGCUCAAGCCUUAUGAGCAGCUCUUCAUCAGCUAUGGCGCUUUGACGAAUUUCAAACUACUUACCGAGUAUGGCUUUUAUCUGGAGCAGAACUCACAGGACUACUUUGAGUUCUCGCUGCACGACAUAGAGCAGCUGAUAGCGCAUAACAAAGAGUUUUCAACUCGCGACUAUCAUUGCAACAUAUUCAAAUUUAUACGCCAACAUAAUCUAAACGAUCAGAUGUUUGUGCAUCUGGACGAUGGUCCUUCACACAAUCUGCGCGUGGUGUUGCAUUUAAUCUUUAAGCAGCAGGCUUAUUUUCCGAAUAUACUUAACCAAAUAGCCUUUGGUACUACCGAACAGUUUGAGCAGCUGCAGCCAGAGCUUGGCUAUUUACUCAACUAUAAGAUAGAGGAAUAUAAACGCUUCCAAGUCGCGCUGCAGCGUCUGCCACAGCUGAGCGACAGUGCUGCUGUAGUUGCUGGUUAUCUCAAGGAGUGUGUGCAGUAUCUUUACAGCUUUAUAGAGCGACAUGGAGAGGCUUAGAUUAAAAUUUUAAAUUCACUAUGCCACGGCGGCGCAAGCUAACGACGAUGGCAAUCAUCACAACAAAACCAAGAAGAUAACGCCGUUUACGCCCACGCCGGGCAGCA